AUGGACGAAACUGACUAUUCAGUUGAUGUUGACAUCAUGGCAGCAAUGGAUGACAAUGACCCUUCAAGCAUUUACCAAGACUUUGACAGCGACAGUGAUAGUGGUCACAGUAGUUUAUCUUAUUCAAUUACCUCAGUUGAAACCGCCUUCUCACUUCGAAAAAAGGCUCAGGCCUUGGCUUUGGCACUGAUUGAGGCUGCAUAUGACAAAAGUACCCAAGUGCAAACCAUCGUUGGGAAUUCAUUAUUCGAUAUUGGUAAAAAACAACCCAAAAUGGUAUUAAGUUCAGCACAGUAUUAUCUCAAGAAACAUAGCAAGCUGCCCAUUGGUCACCGAGUUGUUAUUCUUAAUGCCAUGGAGAGAAUUGUUAAAGAAACAAUUGAUGAAAUAGAAGCUCCAUUAGCUGUAGAUUUGGUUAACUUGGCAUCAGAGGAAAUGACACACAACAAGAUGUUCGCACUAACUCUGCUUUUGCCAUUUGUACACUCCUAUAACAUAAAAAGCAAAAAAAAUAAACAAGGGACUGUAUGCAAGUCUAAAGUAAGUAAAUACCAUCUUGUAUUUUGGUUCUUAUAGGAAGUGAAGAAGAUGUUUGCUCAAGUGAUUAUAGCUAUGGCUCAUCAUGGUUAUCUAGAAUUAGAAGGUGGUGAAUUGAUGGUGGAAUUCAUAGUUAGACAGUGCUCAUUACCUGAAGAUGUAACUAAAAAAAGAUCAGCUGAUCCAGAAUUUGUCAGUAAUGAUGCUCUGAGGUCAAUGUGUGAUAAUAUAUUACACCUGGGAACAACCACAAUUGCUGUUAUGGAAAGUGUAAUGGCUGGUAGACCCCUCAAAGGUCGUAGGGGAAUCAACGUGAUAAAGGCUAUGCAAGCUUUGGCACCAAAUUUACAUGAUAAUCUUGUGGAAUUGUGGGACACCAUUACACCCAAACUUAUACUCUAUUUAGAAGACAACCUUCAUGAAGAUGAAAAAUGGUCACAAAAGUCUUGGGAAGACUUGCUACUCAAGUUGUUAUCAAAAACACUUGAUGAAGUUGAUGAUGAAGAAUUCAUAUGUGAAAUUGGUGAAGCUUUCAUUGAACAAGUCCCACUUUAUCAAAACCGCUCUGAUGAAAAGAAUUUUAUGUACAAGUGUAUGGGAGUGGUUAUGAGGAAGACCAGUAAAAGAGAUCUUGUAGACAAACUUCUCAAUGAGAUGUUUUCAUCAGUCAAGCAUACAAGUCAGUUUGAAAGAGAGGGAUGUGCAGUUGGUUUAGGAUUCUGUGCCUCAUCUCAUCUGGAUGCUGCCAUCAAGAAAUUAGAAACUGUGACAAAAGAAAAAAUGUUGAAAAAAGGAUCCGGGUUAUUCAGCCUAGGAUUUAUAAAGGACAAAUCUGAAGUUGAUGUUGAGCAGAUUAAAAGCACUGUUAUGUUAUGCUAUGGAUAUGUUACCAUGUAUGCACCACCAGACCUUAUAACAUCAAGGAUAGAAGGUACUAUAUUAAGAAGUAUGAAUCCACACUUUGCCAAUAUCAAGAUUAAAUUAGAUCCACGGUUGACAGAAGCCGAAACUUUUGAACUGGUGAAAAUCAGUACAGAUUGUGUGUAUGCUUUACCAGAACAAAUAAUGACAGCCAAGGGCAAAGAAGAAACAUAUGAAGAAGCAAAAGAACAAGAAGAACUAGUCAGUUUGACAUUUGAAAGUUUACAUGCUCUUUUAACAGAGAUUCUAGUGAAGAACUGUACACCAGCUGGCAUUCAUGAUAUUUUCAAGCACCUGGAGCCAUGGUUGUAUUCUAUUAACAAUCAUGAAAGAGAGAGAUCGAUGAAUACAACAUUGGUUUUAUUACAAGCUUACUUUGAGAAUAUGCAGCCAUAUGGUUCUAUGUCAACAUUUUCUAAUAUGAGUACAUUAUUAGCAAGAUUGGUCCCCCGAUGUACAGACCCAGUAUUAUCAAUAAGACAGAAUGCUAUAGAUUGUGUGCAGUUGGUCUUAAAAACCGCACUCAGAUAUGAAGGUUUCUCACCAGAACACAAGGACCAAAUGGUAGAUGCACUGCCAGUACUUAAAGAUAGGGUUAUGAAAGGAGAUCCAAAUAUUUUAUUUAGUGUUGUUAGUGACCUUUCUAAAGUGUUAUCCAAGAAGAUUCCUUCUGAUCAACUGAGAAAUUUUCUAUUCCUGUUGUUUGAUGGUUUGUUAGAUUUCCAAUCGCAUAGCUCCAGUGGUGCCUGUGUUGUACUGAAUAGUGUAUUUAAAUCUAGAGGACAUGAACUUCAUUCUGAUAUUGCUGAUAUCAUUGAUGAACUACAUGAUAAAUUAACCAAUAUACAGUACCCACAGACCAGAACUGGUACAUUACGAUCUAUUAGAACGCUGUCUUCUCAUAAUUUACCUGCAGUACUUAAUGCAUUACUCAGUUACCAGCUGCCUUUUGAUGACCAUAUUGUAGAUUGCUGGAAGAUAAUUGCUAAAGAUGCACAGUUGGCAGGAAACGUAUUUGACCAAAUUCUAGAUAUUUUAGCUCAAAGUAUGCCAUUUGAAGAAAAGAUUGAUCAAAAAACCCAGAAAGUCCUUUCUAGAUAUGCAACUCCUCUACCAUUGACAGCUGUAUGUGCAUUGUGUGAAAUAUUUAAAGUAGAAGAAACAGAGGAAGUGGUUAUCAGUAAUUUCCACAGACUUUUCUCAUCGUUAUUGGUGUACUGCGGUUGUAUGGCUGGAACAAAAGCACCACGAAUGGAAUCAAGGAAAGAAAAGACUAGUAAAAAAGAAAAGAAGCCUUCAAUACGAAUUCAUGUCAAUAUCAACCCUGCAAGAUUGUCUGGUGAAUCAUUGAGGCAGUUAUUUAUCCGUAUUAAAUCUGAUGAUUUACUGGCUGUUCUUGACAAAGACAAUGUAUGGGUUACACUGGAAGAUCAAAAUAAAUACCAGGAAGGUGUCACUUGUAUGGCAAGAGAGAUUACAGAAUACUAUCCACAACAAGUUGCUAAGAUAAUAUCAUGCUUGACAUCCUCUCUAUCAAGUCUGCAUGAUCCACAGAGAAUAAUUGGUGUAUCAUUUUUUGCAGAGCUAAUUAAUCAACGGUGUGCAGGUGAUAUGUCAUUGGUGGAAAUGUUAAUGAAUAAUUUAUUAGGGCGGUUGGUGGAUUCAUCCUUGAUUGUGAGAAUGUUCUGUAUUAGGGGAUUAGGUAAUAUUGCUAGUGUUGGAUCAGAACAGGUUCAGAAAUUCUGUACCACUGUAUUAUCAGCUAUGAUGGCAGGCAUGGACGAUAAAGAAGACCCAGAUGAUGAUAUCACAUUAGAAGCCAUGUCAGGAUUAUCAAAAAUAUUGGCAGAAAUUGAUGAAAACAAUAUUAGAGCCAUUCUUAUUAAUAUUACACUGAGAAUUAGACCAUGCUUUGAAAAGGAUAGGUCAUCUGUACGAGCAGCUGCAUUCUCACUCUUUGGCAAUUUAAGUAGAUUUGGUAAUGGUCCAUCAAAGGCUCCCUUCUUAGAACAGAUCCACACAAACUUUGUUAGUUUAUUAUUACAUGUUAAUGAUGAAGAUUCUGAAGUCAAAAAGGCAUGCAAGUUUUGUCUUCGCCAGUUUGGACCAUUAAUGGGAUCAGAGAAUAUGAAUGAAAUGUUUCAGAACCAUUUACUUGAGGAUGCUAACUUAAGUUAUGGAGAGUUUAUGUAUGAUCUCUCAAAGGUUUUAAUUGCUGACUUUCCAGACAAAGUAAAUUUCUAUGUAAUGGGCAAUGUGUCAUUUUUCAAGAGUCUAUGGUCCGACAUAAGAGGCAAUGCUGCUAUGCUUUCUGGUUUUCUGCUUGGUAAUCUACGACAAGAUCAAAGAAAUUUAAUAUCCAAAGAACAUGUGUGUGGAGCAUUAAUUCUGCUACUGAAAGACCAGUCAGCUGAAGUGAGAAUCAAAGCUGCUGAAGCUAUGAGCCUUCUUUAUGACUAUUAGUUUACAUGUUUUAAUUAAGUUCAAUGCUUAUUUAGUUUUAUUUGUAUAUCAAAAGCAUUAUUGAAUAGGUGAUUUUCCGUACAAUUGCGAGAUCUCGCGAGAUGCAUGAAAGACGCGCGUCGAACGUCUGCCGCAAAAAUCGAACGAUUUGAUUUUGAACUCGAAUUUCCUUAUUUCGUAGCUCACACUGACCGGCCGAUCAUCGACAGAGGAAUAUUGCUUCCGAAUACCCUAUCAUCAAAUGUGGACAGCACAUUAUUAAGCAU